CCCCCGAGGCGCCUCGCCCCAGCGGGGCAGUGAGAUUCCCCGAAGCACCUCACCCCAGCGGGGCAGCGAGAUCCCCCGAAGCACCUCACCCCAGCGGGGCAGCGAGAUCCCCCGAAGCACCUCACCCCAGCGGGGCAGCGAGAUCCCCCGAAGCACCUCACUGAAGCAGGGGAGCGAGAUCCCCCGAAGCGCCUCACCCCAGCGGGGCAGCGAGAUCCCCCGAAGCGCCUCGCCCCAGCGGGGCAGCGAGAUCCCCCGAAGCGCCUCGCCCCAGCGAGCAGGAGAACUCUCCCAAGGCAUCCUGCUCCGACGAGAGAGUGAGCCUCCCCUAAGUGCUUCAUCCCAGCGAGGAAAUGAGUUCUGCCAGGGCAUCCUGCUCCGAAGGGGGAGUGCCCCCCCCCGAACCGCUGCACCUCAGCGAGAGAGUGAGCUCUUGCGCAGUGUCUUCCCCCAGCAAGGGCAUGAUCUCCCACAAAGUGCCUCACUGCAGCGAGGGAGCGAGAGCCCCCGAAGCGCCUCCCCACAAACAGUAAUGGAACUGAGAAGUGGCAAAUGUUCGGUCCAGCCAGGGAAGUUGUCGGUGACAGCUAGCCACUUGCUGGUAACUGUGCAGCAGGGUCUCAGUGCCCAGAGGGUGGAACCACGCCAGAGAGCUAGCCACCUGCCAGAGACUGAACGGAACCAUGGAACAUCGACACCAGAUGGCAGACACGUUCACAGGCCUCCUGCCCUCCCAAAGAGCGAAUCCUUGCAGACAGGAUCAACCCCCAGGAGCUCACCACGGCCAGAGGCUGCUUCAGCCAGCAACGAGACUCCUCAGCCACAGACCAAACGUGCUCGCAGAACCAUCCUCAAUCCAAAAGACCAAUCGACCCAGACUGAACCCAUCUAUGCAGUCUCCUUUCCGCCAAGGACUGAUGGGACCCACAGGGGCUCUCCCCAUCCCGACGCCGAAGGGACCCGCAGGGGCUCUCCCCAUCCCGACGCCGAAGGGACCCGCAGGGGCUCUCCCCAUCCCGACGCCGAAGGGACCCGCAGGGGCUCUCCCCAUCCCGAUGCCGAAGGGACCCGCAGGGGCUCUCCCCAUCCCGACGCCGAAGGGACCCGCAGGGGCUCUCCCCAUCCCGACGCCGACGGGACCCGCAGGGGCUCUCCCCAUCCUGACGCUGAAGUGACCCGCAGGGGCUCUCCCCAUCCCGACGCCGAAGGGACCCGCAGGGGCUCUCUCCAUCCCGACGCCGAAGGGACCCGCAGGGGCUCUAUCCAUCCAGAGAGUGAGUCAAGCUACAGGUGCGCACUGCACCAUGAGAUGGAAUCGAUUCGCAGGGGCUCACUCCAUCCAGAGUCCAAAGUGACUCCCAGGACCUCAUUCCACCCACAGACCAGAUGCACUAGCAGCUAUUUAUCUGUCCCAAAGGAUGCAUCAACACAGACUGAACCCUUCCUUGGGGUUCCACUCCACUCAGAGACUGACUCAACCUGCAAGGGCUCACCCCAGGCUGCGAGUGCAGCCACCCACAGGGGCUCGCCCCUGCCACAGACUACAUUAAUCCCCAGGGAUUUACCUCCUAGGGCCUUAGCCAAGUUUGGACCUGAAUCAACGUGGUGGUCCUUACUCCAGCCAGAUACCGGACAGCCAGAUAGCCAGGCUCCCGCGUGGCCAGGGUCAUCAGUGACAGCGGCUGAGCCACUCUCUGCUGGAACUUUGCCUAUGGAGACAGACGUGCUCUCAGAUUGUGUAUGUGAAGGCACAGAUAUCUCACGCAAAGACUUGGCCAUGCCAGUGUUACCAGACAAGCAACUCAUUGCUGUCCCAUCGCAUAAGGAUGAGCCAGAGCAUGCUGGGCCCAGCUAUGAAGCAGUAGACAUGAUCAAGCCAGCCAGAGAAAGAACAAUUCCCAGGUUUAGUGCUUUCUUUGUGGAUCUCACCGAUGAAAUGUACACUGACAUCCUGUGGUGGCUGAGAGACGAAGAGAUAAGGCGCUUCCUGACAGAAGACUCGGAGGAGGCAGAGCUGGCCCAGUUCCUGAAGGAGUUCCCUUCAGGCGAGAGCUUUAGGAAAGUGGAGCUGGAGGAGGGCAAGAGGGCCCCUGGCCAGGGGCCCGUAGAUCCCGGCGUGUUCUCCAGCGUAGCCCAGCCCAUUGCCGAUGAGCUGCUAGACGAGAAGGAACUGAGGCCCUUCUCCCGGCCUUGGCCCCUGGACUUUCAGCAGCACAUCGCAGCUCCGGCACCACUGAGCCCCUCGCGGCCUAGGAGCCCAUGGGGCAAGCUUGAUCCAUACGACUCUUCUGAGGACGAUAAGGAGUAUGUGGGGUUUGCGACGCUCCCCAAUCAGGUCCAUCGGAAAUCGGUGAAGAAGGGGUUUGACUUCACGCUGAUGGUGGCAGGAGAGUCUGGCCUGGGGAAAUCCACCCUGGUGAACAGCCUCUUUCUCACUGACAUGUACAGGGAUCGCAAACUCCUCAGUGCAGAAGAGCGCAUUACUCAGACGGUGGAGAUCACCAAACACGUGGUGGACAUUGAGGAGAAGGGGGUCAAACUGCGCCUGACCAUCGUGGACACCCCCGGAUUCGGCGACGCCGUGAACAACACGGAAUGCUGGAAACCUGUGGCUGAUUACAUAGAUCAGCAAUUUGAGCAAUAUUUCCGGGAUGAGAGUGGCCUGAACCGGAAGAACAUCCAGGACAACCGCGUGCACUGCUGCCUCUACUUCAUCUCACCCUUUGGACAUGGCCUUCGUCCCCUGGAUGUGGAAUUCAUGAGAGCUCUCCAUCAGCGGGUGAACAUUGUGCCCAUCCUGGCAAAAGCUGACACCCUGACGCCCUCAGAGGUGGAGCGCAAGAAAAGCAAGAUUCGAGAAGAAAUCGAACGUUACGGGAUCCGGAUCUACCAGUUCCCUGAGUGUGACUCUGAUGAAGAUGAGGAUUUCAAGCUGCAGGACCAGGCAUUGAAGGAGAGCAUCCCUUUCGCUGUGAUCGGCAGCAACAUGGUUGUGGAGGCCAAAGGAAGGCGAGUCCGUGGGCGACUGUAUCCCUGGGGCAUCGUGGAAGUGGAGAACCCAGCACAUUGCGACUUCGUGAAGCUGCGCACCAUGCUGGUGAAGACCCACAUGCAGGACCUCAAGGAUGUGACACGAGAGACCCACUACGAGAACUACCGGGCGCAGUGCAUCCAAAGCAUGACCCGCAUGGUGGUGAAGGAGAGGAACCGCAACAAACUGACGCGGGAAAGCGGGACAGAUUUCCCCAUCCCAGCUAUCCCAGCAGUGCCGGACUCUGAGACGGAGAAACUCAUUCGGGAGAAGGACGAAGAGUUGCGGAGGAUGCAGGAGAUGCUGCAGAAGAUCCAGAGACAGAUGAAGGACUCCCACUAGCCACCACAUUCCCCUCCAGCUCCCGCCCCACUCAGACCAGAAAUGUUUACAUCAAACCCCAGCCAUCAAAGCCAGCUCUGCUCCUUGGUACCAACGAUGCACCUCGCACCUUAAGCUGAUGCAAUACGCCUUAUUAUGGACCCUCGCUGAGCUUUCCUCAGCGACCUACAGGAAAUAAAGGCUGACCCGCACCCGAGCUUCUGCAGCCACCCUCCCCUGGCUUGGACUCAGCCUGCUUCCUUGGCAAGGCGCCUGCAAACCCAGCCUGGCCCGCCUGCAGCUGCAGGCAGCCCUUCCCCACGGUCUGACUGAGUCAGGCCCAGCCACUGGGCUGCUUCCCUGGCGUUGAAUGUGUGCAGCCUCCCUCAUCCAGAGCCGCCUGUCUGUGUGCAGAGCCGCCUGUCUGUGUGCAGAGCCGCCUGUCUGUGUGCAGAGCCCCCUGUCUGUCUGCAGAGCCCCCGCUCUCUGCACCGUGCCGGGUUUCACACAUUUUCCCCUCAAGGCUCCUGCACAGCUGGGCCCCAGAGCAGGCCUGGGAUGUGGCUCAUUGGUGCAGCGCAGUGGCCGUGGCCGUGUGCCCAGAGCGCUCCCCAGCAGUGUGAGGAGCCAGUGAAGUCAGCGUUUCUGGAGCAAAACUUUCGGUCCCCAAGGCAGCUCAUAGAAUACCAGGGUUGGAAGGGGCCUCAGGAGGGAUCUAGUCCAACUCCCUGCUCAAAGGGGGACUAAUCCCUAGACAGAUUUUUGCCCCACAUCCCUAACUGGCCCCUCAAGGAUUGAGCUCACAACACUGGGUUUAGCAGGCCAAUGCUCAAACCACUGAGCUGUCCCUCUGCAGGGUGCUCUGCACUGCU